AAGAGCUCCACGCUUCAGUCUUGCACCGACCGGGCCCCGCAACCGCACCGUGCCCCCUUCGCGUCCUUGUCCGCACCCUCGCUGUGUACGUGCCUUGUGUUCCCUGUGCUCCCCAGUUCCGGAUACCUUUACCAUUUUUUCCAGUGCCAUGAAACCACCGGGUGGAUACUGCCAUGAUUUAUUCGGGGCUUCUUUCAAUGGAUCGCCGUGCCACAAUAGAGUCCUCAAGCCCCCCGGCGGCGGAAGCUCAGACAUCUUCGGAUCCCCGGAACCGCCGGCGUCGCACUCCCUGCGGAAGACGAGGACCUACGACCAGACCCCCAGUGGCACGGCGAUGAACGGGACCAAGAGUCCCACCGACUCGACCCCCUCCUCCGCGGCCAGCUCCACCGGUAAUAAUUCACAUUUCAACUCCCAAGAGAACCUCAACGGGGACGCCCCGGUCUCCGAGCCCGACGCCGCAACCCCCCCUUCCACCCCCGACGAAGCCCAGGCCCCGACGCAAGCGUCCGAACCCGAACCCGAAUCCAAACCUGAGCCCGAAUCGGAGCGAGUUGAAGAGGUGGAGAGCGCUCUGUCCGAAUGUUCCAUUCGGAGCGAGAAAGUCACGUGUCGUGCCUCCUCCGAGACCGUCACCGCAACGACUAAUGGUAAGAAGUACUAUCGCUCCGAUUCCCACUCGCGGAUUUUGGGCGACGGUUCGGAGUCGGACAACGCGCCCUCCAACGGGACCAACGGGCAGGCUUUUCGCCGGAAAAGCAGCGCCGCCGAUAAGACAGAUGGUAACCCAGUGACCGGAGAUGGCUAUGAACCCACGCAAGUUAAAGAAACCAGAACCACAACAUCAGCCCCCGCAUCAGACCUGAAACCCCGUCAACGCGUACCACCGGGUGGAUUCUCCUCUGGACUUUGGUGAUUCCUCUCUUUCCCUCUCUCGAUUUCUCAAAUGAUUGAUUUCAGUUUGUGUACCCCUACAAGCAGAUGCCCCUCCCUUCCAGACAGUUUCACGGAUGCGAAUAUCUUAGUUCAUCGUUCAUUAUUUUUCUAAAAUCAUUAAUUAUCUCAUUCUUUUGUGUUACUCUUAAUUAUUUAGGGCACCUAUCUAUGAACUCCUAAUAUUGAACUGAAAUUUUUAUACUUUUUUAUUUUAAUUUUAUAUUUUUUAAAACUUUAAUUUAUUUUUAAUUUUUAUCCAGUUAGAGGAAGGAAAUGAUCAAGCAUUGCAUCAUCCCUGUAGGUUUGUGUAAGUAUUCAAACCCGUUUCUCGAAAAAAUUGUGCAGUUUCUUUUUACUUAUAGUUUACUUUCAACUCCUUUUGUUCCUGAUGUACAAAAAAAAAUUAUUUAUCUCGUAAAAGCAAUCAAUCAGUUGCACUGUAACUUCUCCAUUCAUUUUAUAUCAUUGGGCAAAACUCUCUGACCUACAUUGUAAAUAAUCAAAAUUUAUUUUACCUUGUUGAGUAGAAGAGAAGUAAGCACUUCAAUGCAAUAAAUGCCUUCAAUAUAUUAAGGAUUGUGUCUUCAAUGAAAAUUUUAUUUUUCUACAUUUUCUCUCUUUAUAAAUGUUGGUUUUUAUCGUUAAAAACUUUCGUUGAAUUUCAUAAUAAACCACUUUUCGAGGCUUAAUUUUAAGAAAGAAAAACAUAUGUAUUGGAGGAAAAAAUGGUAUUGAAAUGUGGCAUUCAACCUCUACCAUCUGUCAGAAAUAUACUUGCUCUUCCUUUAAGCACAGUUGAUUUUAAUCAAGAUAUUUGUGUCAUUUCACUCAUCGUUCACACCAGCUGCACUUUUUAUAAAUAUAUGUGCGUCAAAACUUAUUGAUAAUCACUAAGGGCUAGAUUUUACAAAAUUGACUAGAGGUGACACAAUACACCAUUAUCAAUCACUAAAAAUGUAAAGAAAACAAGCUUCAGAAUCAACAUUUUGCUUUGUCAAAUACAACGUAGAAAAAGUACACAAAGGCUCAAGUAUUAUCAAAUAUUUGAACCCAUAUUUGCUUCUCAACUGAUCGUCGGCAAACACUGUAAAUCACACAAUGAGCUGCCACUAUCACACUAGCUGCUACCAAAGAUCCUCAAAAUAAAAAACCAAUAGAACACUGAAAUAUGACGAUUACCUAUCAUUAGUCCACCAAUUGAUAGAAAAUUUCAGUAUUGUAGAAUUGUAUCUCUUUCCAUCAGGCAACAGUCGAGGAAAAUCCUUUUUAGAAGAGAUUUUUUUAGAAAUUAAUAAUGGUGUCUCUACUACCAUAACCUGAAUAUGAAAAAUCUAUAUCAAUGUAUACCUUGAUGAAAGUUAUUUUUACCCCCUAAUAUUAAGGGCUGAACAAGUGUACAGUUAAUAUGGAACUAAUGUAAAACUCGAGCCCGUGCAGCAUGCUCCUAGUAUUGACAUCUGAAGUUCAAUACAUGUUGCUGAGGAUUUGUUCGUCCAGUAUGAUAUAUUGUAACUACUGGUAAAUAACCUGAAGAGUUUUCCUUCCUUCAUCCUAAAAUAUUAUUAUAAUUUAUUAUUUCUCUUUUCUUUUUUUUUCUCUUUUCUAAGAAUAAUUCUGUAAUGAUGUAUUUUUUAAAACUAUUUCAUUACAUAAUUCAAAUAAAGGAAUUGAAAAUUGAA